AUGUCCAUGAUUUCAUCCUUGUAUUUGGAUGAAGAAGUUUCUGAUUGUGUAUUGAUCAGUCAGAAUGGAAAGAAAUUUCCAGCUCUUAGAGCCAUGGUCGGAAAAUGGAGUACAAAACUGAAGGAACUUCUUUUUAUUCCAGAAUUCAAGAUUGGCAUGGAGCUUGUAUUGGAUCAGGUGACCGAUUUAGGAUUGGAAAUUUUCUUAAAGGUUGUCUAUUUUGGUUCCACAAAGGAUUAUGCAGUGGAUAAAUUUAUGGAUCUGUACACUUUUGCUCAUACCUAUGGAAUGCAAGAAAUUGAGGGUAGGGCUCUUAAAAUUAUGAGAAGUGCUGCUGUUGGUGAUUCAUUCCUUCUUUUGGAAAAUUGCUCACAAUAUCUGGAAGAAUUUAAGGAAAUCAACUCUUUAAAGAAAACUCUUCUUACUAAGAUUUCUGCUAAUUUUGAUGCUGUUUGUGAAAGUGAACAUUUUGUUAAAUUAUCAAUUGAAGACUUGAAGGUCAUGCUUGCUGGAGAGGAACUCAAAUUAAUAGGUAGUGAAGGAAAUUUAUUCAAGUCCUUGAUGAGAUGGAUUGAGCACGAUAAGGAAAAUAGAUUGCAAUAUUUGGACUAUUUCUUGAGUGAAAUCAGAUUCCCAAUUAUUGAAGGAGAGGUCUUGGCGACAGUUGAUUCCCAUCCACUUUUGGUUUCUAAGAGAGAUAUCAUUUCCCCAAAGCUUUAUGAAGCCAUGAUAUACAAUUUGAAUCCUGCAAUGAUUGAGAAUAAGGAAGAUAAGAAAUUUCUUAAAAGAGAUUGUGAUUUAUUCAACUUUAUUCCAAACGGAAUGCCAAUCAAGUUUACAAACUUGAUUACAGGAAAACACGUCACGGUUAUAAUGAACGGUAGCAAUGAUAAGGGAGAAGUAACGAAGAAAAAGAGAAGAAAUCAAGUUAAGUCACCCUGUGAUCAAUGUAGAAAAGCUCACGUUUUCUGUACUGAUGAAAAACCUUGUCCUAGAUGUGUCAAGUUAGGAUUCCAAUGUGUUGGUGGAAAGAGUUUGCAAUAA